UUGAGACUAGGACCAGGACUAGAGUUGUCGAACAGAGGAUUGGAACGGUUGAACAGGUUGAGAAGUUGAUUGAAUGGGUUGAACAGGGUAGGAUUGCCAUUGAACGGGCAGUUGAACGAGCUGGGAUAAAGAUUGAAAUUGUUAAACGGGCAGCAGUUGAACAGGCGGCAGUUGAACAGGCUGGGGUGAAGAUUGAAAUUGUUAAAAAGGCUGUUGAAUGGGCUGCUGAACAGGCUGUUGAAUGGGCUGCUGAACAGGCUGUUGAACGGGCUGUUGAACAGGCUGGGGCGAUGAUUGGAAUUGAACCAGGAUGGGUUGAGGAAAAUGAUUCAGUUCGAGAAGGAGUUCUUC